GCUGUGUCUCUCCAGCACUAUAUACAAACAUAGACCUUGGAAUACUACUCUCUCAAGCCAUUGAAGAGAUGGGUUAUGGGAUCAGAGCAACUGUUUUUGCUGCUUGUCUUGCUUUAUUGAUCAUGGCUGUCUCUGCUGCCACUGUGGGUCACGCAACAACCCCGUCCCCUGCCCCAGUGCCUACCCCUGGUAAGAGCAAUGGCAGCAUGACUUUUCCAUCCAUAGUGAUCGGUUUUUUCGCUUUUGUCGUUUCGAUCAUUCUUGUGGGAGAUAGAGCCUGAUCAUUCUAUGUUCAUCGGUUGAGGAUUUCUGCCAUGGGUCCUUUUUAGAUUUCCCUUUUGUUUUUGAUUUUUUGAUUGUGUCACUUGGUUUUGUACAAUAAAGAAUUGAUGCAUCCUCUUCUGGUAUCUGAUUCUGUUCUCUCUUAUUUGGGUUGACUCUAUGGGUAUGCUUCUUGUAUCUUGAUGAUAUAUUACAUGGUGGAUUAUUUUUCAUCAAUAAUAUCAUAAACUUUCU